AUGGUUGAGAUCUCUGACAUUCCCGACGACGGCGGAGCUCCGAACAAGAAACCGCAAGAACAACCACCCGGAGAAGCAAAAACCGCGACUUCUUUGGCAUCACUACCCGUCGUCCUCAUCGAACUCAUCGUCGCAAGAGUCCCGAUAUGUAACCACCCGGCGAUAUCAGUCAUCUCCAAACUCUUCGGUCGUAUCACCUCUUCACCGGACCUCCGCCACGCGCGAUCCCAGCUCGCCAUCACCGACCACGUUCUCUACGCCUUGGUCGGACACCCUCCUUUUCCCCCGAGCUGGCACAUUCUCUACCGAAGCAGCAACGGUUCUUUACGCUUGCGAAGAGUCAACACACUCCCUCCCAUGCCUUACGGCCCUGCCGUCGUCACCAUCGGACACGAGAUAUACGUCAUCGGCGGAAGCGACGUCAGCGGGAGAUACUUAUCGAGCGUGACAGUCGUCGACUGCAGAACUCACACGUGUCGGUCUCUCCCUAGCAUGAGAGUUGCUCGGCUCCGCGCAGCCGCGGGAGUAGCUAACGGGAGGAUUUACGUGAUGGGAGGUUGCGAGAAUAUUCAUCGAUCUAAAGAUUGGGUUGAAUCGUUCGAUCUUGAGAGACAGGUAUGGAUCGGAACGGGAGGAGAAGUAUCUGAUGUGAGUGGAGGGUUCGUGACGUAUGAUGUUGUGAAAGAGAAGUUGUAUGUAUUGGGUCUAACUCGAUCUUUACACGUAUUCGAACCAAAAGAAGGCAAACUACUUACAGGGGUGGCAUAUAAUGCAAGUGACUUAACGGGUUUGUGGCAAGGGUCUUCUUGUGUGGUUGAUGAUUUGUUGUAUAACUUUGAUCCUGGGUGUUGGCGUGGACAACCGAUAAUCGUUUUUGAUCCAGAGGAGGGUGUAGAGGAGGGUGUUUGGAAACCUGUGAGAGGUGUGUAUGGUUUGCCUCCACAACUCUAUUGGUAUGGUUUCGAGUCUAAAAUGGCGAAUGUUGGUGGGAAGUUGGUGAUCUUGGUCGGUAAUCAGAGCCAGUAUUGGAAUUAUUACGGGGAUAAAUAUAUCUGGUGCGUGGAGAUUGCUUUGGAGAGACGUCAAGGUGGUGAGAUUUGGGGGAGAGUUGAAUCAGUAGAUGUUGUGUUUAAAACCUCCGAGUCCACGCCUAUCAUUGAGCUUUGCCGGACUGUUAUCGUUUGAUGGGUUUCUCUUGCUGGUGGUGGAGGAUCUUAUAUUGCAUGUACUUGUUUAAGCAGAGUGGCAAAGAAGCUUUUAUCUGACGCCUGGAGAGUAACUUUCCUUCUUUACGUACCUUUGUGAAGCAGCUUUCAUUUUGUAAUGUGUUUU